CAACGAGCGAAAAAGAGAGAAAUGAAAAAGGACUUUCUCUAAUAUCGAUUAUGAAUACGGAUCCAUCAGUGAUAGAGGUAUUGUGGCAGAUAGGUACAACAGAUGGACCUGUUUUCAAAUGCCCUUGGACAUCAAGCAUGUAUUACAGUAUAACCAACUUCCAUCAGUGAAUUCUAUUUUCAAGACAUAAAAAGUGAGCGUCAUCUGUAAGGAAAACAAUAAACGUAGGAGAACAUAAAAUAUUGUGUAUGCGAUUUUAAAGAACCAUCUGUCGGUAAGUGAAAAGACAAUUUUACAAUCGAUGGCAAUGGACAGAUACUUGUACCCGAAGACAUUAGAGGAUCUUGCUCUCAGAAGGGCGGCGGUUAUUCUGUGUAGUUGCCCUAACAUGUAUAUGUUUGCUGCAAGAAUGAAGGAUGCUACUAAAGAAGAAUUUGAGCCAGAAAUAGAUAAAAUCUCGAGAAAUAUUGUAGCUAAUUUUUCGUUGCCUCUAUUGCUGGUGCAGGAUUUGCUUGGAGCAAUGAAAGCUGUUUCUAGGGAAAUAAUAAAAUGGGUGAAGUUUCAUGAAAAUUUUUUAGAGCAAUAUGAUGGAGUUUUGUCUAGACUAGAGAACCUAGAGCAUAUAUGUUGGACAUGCUUCGGGACUGUGGACUACGAGAAAACGGCCCAAGUACUGAUCCGCCGCAGGAAGUUAAGGGCCAGUCAGUGCUUCAAAUUAGCCUGCCUCUAUUGUUUGUUUCAAGAUAUAAAGGAACUUUGGAAGGAAUUACCCUAUUCGUAUAAAGUUGGUUUUUUAAAGGAUGACCCUACGCAGAUUACACAACCUAAAAUAGUUGUUUUUUUUACUUGUUUAUUAAGAAACAAAGUAUAUCAGAUGGGAUUAUUUCUUCCACAAGGGCAAAGAGAUAUAUCUUCCAUUAUUGAAUAUAUGUUUGAAUAUGUCGCACUACAAGGUUAUAGAACUGCAACUCAGUAUUUUUUUCUAAAGUUAAACGUCUUGGACAGAUUACACAUAAUAACAAGGGUAGCUGUACGUGUAGCAAAAAUGCGUUCUUUUGAUCGAAGUUGUUUCUAUUUGCACGAGUACCAAAAAUAUAGCGACGUUUUGCGCUUUUUGAUGAGCCAUAUGCUGAUAAGUGAAAAACGAGAAUUGUGUCGUAGUGCGCCUUUUGAAACCCUUAAGUGUCUUCUGGAUUGGCCCUGGCAAUCUGAAUUCUUCAGAUACGCAAAAUAUAUAUUGCGAAUAUGUCUUCUCACAAAUGAAAAGUACAGCCGGUUGCUUUUCAUUUUGGCCCACAACAGUUCUUCAGGAUUCAACUAUCCGAGAAUGUUUCGGAUAUUUUUUCUCAUGAGUCCGAAGAAAUAUAAAAAUUAUACGUUGACACAUUACUCGAAUUUCUUGCGAGAAUUCAUAAAGAUCAACGAUGUUGUGACCGUGAAAUUCAUUUUCAGGCAUUUGAAUGUGAAACAGAAAGUGAAACUUCUGGUCAACCAAAGUAUGGGGCGUAACUUUAUACCUGCUCUAGUAACUGCAGGCAAGUGGGAUUUCCUAAGACUCUUCAUCCGUGAAUCCCAGUUAGCCAAUGAAAGCAAAGAGAGUCUCGUGGCAUAUUUUCAAUUGCGGUUUCCUGAGGACUGUAAAAGCGAAUGGUUCCAAAAGUUUGUGCAAGAAAUCCGUGCAGAUCAAAGCGGAGCAAAGUACGAUCGAUGGGCCUCCGAUUGUAAAAGAGUAUUUCGACGUGCGGUGAGAAAACGCCGCAAUGAAGAUCACACCGAACAGCCUAAGAAAUUACUUAGAGUAAAUUAAGUUCAAGAACGAAGAACGUGCGUGGCCGAAAGGAAAACUAAUAUCGAUUUUAACUUUAAUUUAUACACGGGGAUAAGUCGUACUUUAUGGGAUUUCUUUGAAAGUUUUCGGAUUAGGAGAGAGAAUUUUAGGUACCUUUGAAGCUAUGCUGUAAACGUUUGGGUUUUUAUCCUAGAAAGGGAAAUUUUCACACGAGUGUUCCCUACCUUAUGGGGGAAAUGCAAGCAAUCUGGACAACGACAUACCCGAAUGAGUGUGUAAACAGAAUUGAUUUGAAUUGAUUAUCUUUAUUUUUAAACACUAAAUCCGUGACCUCCUGUGUUUUUGAAAUGAUUGUGAAGUUGAAGUAAAACAAUAAAAAGCAAGAAAGGACUGAUUUUCUAG